CUUCAAAAAUAGCCUUCUACCAGAAGCUUCCCUUAAUGGCCCACAGAUAAGCAGAGCAGGAUUAUUUCCAUGUGGCAUUGCAAGUGGUUGAGUCUCUACGAUGACCACGUGUUGGCCGGCAAUACUUACCACCGCAAGACUAUUUGAUUGGCAAGUUUCAGUAAGCCUGUCUCGGUUUGUUUUGUUUUUUUGACAGCUAUCCAACUGAAAAUGGAGCCCUUUCCUGAUCAGUUCAUGGAAUUCCACCCGAUCCAUGGUACAAACGUCAGACUGGACCACUCAGGAACCCAGGCCACCCGGGUGGAGAGUUUCGCAAAUGGUGUGUGUUUCAGCAAACGGCCUCUGAAGCCCGGGGAGAUUUUUCUCAUAGAGAUCGAGGAUAAGGAGCUGGGCUGGUGCGGCCACCUCCGAGUCGGCCUGACUGCCAAGGACCCCAGGAGCUUAGAGGUGGUACCUGAAUACUCCAUCCCAGACCUGACAGACUCAGGGGACAGCUGGAUUUUUGCCAUCACUCGCAACCACAACAAGAUCAUAGAGGAUUCUGGAGCAGGGGGUCAAGAGGCUGGAGACGGAGGACUGGCUGGGGGCCGGAGGCUCGGGCGAGGGGAGGUUGAAGAUGGAGCUGUAGGCGAGGGAGAUAGAGGAGGAGGAGGCGGCAACAACAACAACAACAACAAACCAAAGACUUUCUUCACUGACUCUCACUUGCACAUUGAGAAUAUUCGGAUCCCCAGAGACAAGCUGGUGGGUCGGAGCAGGCCCGGACGCUACAGCCACAUUUUGGAUGACUUGUAUAAGACCAACUGCCUGCCUCCCACGGCCAGACGCAGCCGGAUAGGGGUACUGUAUGUGCCUAAAGGGCAAGACCUGGCUGAUAUGCACAUGGUCAUCAACGGUGAGGACAUGGGAGCUUCUGCAAAGGGGAUCCCCUCCACCCAGCCUCUCCAUGCUGUGGUGGACGUCUUCGCUGCUACUAAGUGUGUCCGAAUCGUCCAGGUGGAGUAUGGAUUCUCGUCCUUGCAGACGUUGUGUAGGAAGGCCAUCCAGAAGCACAUUGUCCACAGGAUGGCCAUUGACUGGCUGGAGCUGCCCGAGGCCCUGAAGCACUACUGCAAGUAUGAAUAAAGGAUACAGACCUGCAACGGACAGAAACUCCAGUGGUGGCCUAAAGGUUAGAGAAGCGAGCUUGUGACCGGGAGGUCGUACGUUCAAUUCCCAGACCGACAUGAUAAAAUCUGGGUGGGCAAAGUGAAAGUCGCUCCCUCAUUACCACCACUGAUGUGCCCUUGAGCAAGGCCCCUAACCCCAACCGCUCCAGCGGAGCUGCUCAGACUGUGGUUGUACUGGGCAGCUUCCAGGUAUGUGUAACUGCGUCAAUGUGCUCAGGCCGUUCCUGCAAAAGAGAGGCUUUCUCUCAGUGAACCUAAAAGUGAAGGUAAAAAAAAAAUUAUAAUAAUAAUAA